CACAGACAGAUACGCACACCUCUCCCCAACCACCACCACCCUCCCCGGCGGAGCGCCCUAAGUGUCCACAACUUUCGGCCGCCUCAGCCCAGGGCGCGGUGCGGGGUGGGGUGGGGACAGCGCGGUGUGAGUGGAGAGACAGAUGAGAGAGAGCGAGGGAGAGAGAAGAAAGAAAAAAGGAGCAGAAAAGGGAGGAAAAGGAUCCCGGGAAAGAAAGAGGAGUUUCCUAGCGCCCAGAAGAGAUCCCUAGGUGACCGCGGAGCGCCGCGCAGCGCGGGAGGCAGCGCGGCCCGAACUCGGCCCAGCCCCCGAUGCGCGCCGGAGCCCGCGGGCGGCGCUGAGCAGGGCGGCCCCGGCGGCCGGCGGCCGGGCCCCCUCCGCCCGCGCCCCGCGGGCCACCAUGUCCUUCCCCCAGCUCGGAUACCAGUACAUUCGCCCCAUCUACCCACCCGAGCGCCCGGGGACCGCCGGCGGCGGCGGCAGCGCUGGGGCCCGCGGCGGCCCGGCAGCCAGCGCCUCGGAGCUGGCCGCCUCGGGGUCCCUGUCCAAUGUGCUCUCGUCCGUGUACGGGGCGCCCUAUGCCGCCGCGGCAGCAGCGGCCGCCGCCGCCCAAGGCUACGGCGCGUUCCUGCCCUACGCCGCCGAACUGCCCAUCUUCCCGCAGCUGGGCGCACAGUAUGAGCUGAAAGACAGCCCGGGGGUGCAGCACCCGGCCGCCGCAGCCGCGUUUCCGCACCCGCACCCCGCCUUCUACCCCUACGGCCAGUACCAGUUCGGGGACCCGUCCCGUCCCAAGAACGCCACCCGCGAGAGCACGAGCACGCUCAAGGCCUGGCUCAACGAGCACCGCAAGAACCCCUACCCCACCAAGGGCGAGAAGAUCAUGCUGGCCAUCAUCACCAAGAUGACCCUCACCCAGGUGUCCACCUGGUUCGCCAACGCGCGCCGGCGCCUCAAGAAGGAGAACAAGAUGACCUGGGCGCCCCGCAGCCGCACCGACGAGGAGGGCAACGCCUACGGCAGCGAGCGCGAGGAGGACGAGGAGGAGGAGGAGGAAGAGGGCAAACGCGAGCUGGAGGAGGAGGAGGAGCUCGGCGGGGAGGAGGAGGACGCGGGGGGCGAGGGCCUGGCGGACGACGAGGACGAGGAGAUCGAUUUGGAGAACGUGGACGGCGCGGCCGCGGGGCCUGAGCUAGUCCUGGCGGGGGCGGCGCGCGGGGACGACGACCUGGGCCUGGGACCCGGUUCAGACUCCAAGAACAGCGAUUCGGACGACAGCUCCGAGGGCCCGGAGGAGCGCCCGCUGCCGGCCCUGAGUCUGGCCCCAGUGCCGCCGCCGCUGGCCGCGGCUCCGCCGUCCCCGCCCUCGCCCCCCGCGGGCCUGGACCCCUGCGCUCCUGCUCCUGCGCCCGCCUCCGCCCUGCAGAAGCCCAAGAUCUGGUCCCUGGCCGAGACGGCCACGAGCCCGGACAACCCGCGUCGUUCGCCUCCGGGCGCGGGAGGCUCUCCCCCCGGGGCCGCCGUCGCGCCCCCGGCCCUGCAGCUCUCCCCGGCCGCCGCCGCCGUGGCGCACAGACUGGUCUCGGCGCCGCUGGGCAAAUUCCCCGCUUGGACCAACCGGCCGUUCCCGGGCGCGCCGCCCGCCGCCCGUCCGCACCCGCUCUCCCUGCUCGGCUCGGCGCCGCCACACCUGUUGGGACUUCCCGGGGCCUCGGGCCACCCGGCUGCCGCCGCCGCUGCCUUCGCUAGGCCCGCGGAGCCCGAGGGCGGAACAGAUCGCUGUAGUGCCUUGGAAGUGGAGAAAAAGUUACUCAAGACAGCUUUCCAGCCCGUGCCCAGGCGGCCCCAGAACCACCUGGACGCCGCGCUGGUCUUGUCGGCCCUCUCCUCCUCUUAGUUCUUUUUUUUUUAAUUUUUUAAUCGUUGUAAUAAUUGUAAAAAAAAGUAAUCGCUCUGUAUAGUUAUGACUUGUAAGCAUGUCUGUGUAUGAAUACCUUAAAAAGAAAACGAAACAAAAAAGAAAUAAAUAAAAAUAAAUACAACAAGUCCCCCUGGGCGGAGUCUCCCCAAGUCGCUUCUGUCCCCCAAGUUAGCCGGGUUUGGGAGCUGGGUUUGGGAGGUGGACUGUGGGGAGUGGCGUGUCGGUGAGAAUCGGCGUGUCUGACUUGUUUGUAUAUAUACAGAAGAAAUGUACAUAUGUGUGAACCAAAUUGUACAAGAAAGUAUCUAUUUUUGGCUAAAUAAAUGAGCUGUUGCCACUUUGA